UGGCUGACAAUUUUUUCUUUUUUUUCCCCUUCAAGAAAUGGGUUUGUUUAUAAGGCUGUCUGUCCACUGCCUCCGAACGACUAGAUCAGUAAUUGGUGCGAAGACGCCAUUUUUGCUUCUUGGAAGAUACUCUGACUGGAUAUAAGUAAAUGAUCGCCGGCUUAUGGGUAGAUAUAACAAAAGACUUGCAGCCUUUCGCGAUUAGUAGCUGCUUGCUGGUGGUUAGACUGGCUAGCUAGAUCACGGUGAGCUCAUUUCAUGUUAGCAUGGCGUCAGACACGAGUGACACGGACGAGUUCUACGAUGCUCCGGAGGACGUGCAUUUCAGCCCAUCUCCCAAAGUGUCUCCAGCGAAGUUUGUCAUUCCUUCACCUCAGCUCUUGCAUAGAUCCCAUGAAGACGAGAGCUGCGAAGAGGCUGCCUCUGAGACUACUCAAGAUGAUUCCCUACAUAUCAUUGAUAGCAUAAUUGAAGAGAGUCAAAAGGAAAACGGUGCUGGCGCCGAACUGUUCGAUCAACUCCACGUUGGUGUGACUGCGGAAACCGAGUCAAAGGAAGAAAGCAAAACUCCGCAAGUACCUCUGGAGGCAUCAAUUGCAGCUGACGAACCGAAGCCUAGCGAGAGGCCCGAGGAGCAACCGGAAUGUUCGGCGAGAAACGAAGUCUGCUCUCUGCCUGUCCCCUCUCCCUUGGAUCUCCCAGGACCUUCAGUUGAAACACAGGAAAGUGUUCAGCCCCCAGACAUCACCAGCACAAUAGGACAGCGUCACCCCGAUGCGGAGCUUGCGGUCGCAGAAGGGGACCAGGAGCCCAGGUCCGCUGACAUUUUAGAGCAGGUUUCAUUUGCAGACAGACCACUGGAUUCCAUGGACACCUCUGGGCCUACAAAACCACCGCGGCAGUUCACAGUCGAACCAGACAUUGUAGCCAGCACCAAGAAGCCUCCGCCGUCGCGACCGCGCCCUCCCAGCGGAGCUCCUCCGCCGAGACCGCCUCCACCGGCGAUGCAGCGUCUCCCUUCUAAGAAGUCUCAGCAGUCUCUCAGGCCCAGUGGGCUUGAAGUGUCUGCAGCGACUCCAGUCGGCAGCAACCCUCUGGAGCCAUCUGGUCUGUUGUCUCCCAGUAGCACUGUGAGGAGUUUAACCAGAGAGCUGCAGCACUCCUUGGAUCUGGCCAGCGCCACCAGUGGGGACAAGGUGGUGACCGCACAGGAGAAUGAGGGUGAGGAGGCGUCGUCUCUGGUUGAGGGACAAGUUCCCGGCCCUCAGCGUCCACGCUCCAACUCUGGUAGAGAACUCACUGAUGAGGAAAUCCUGGCCAGUGUGAUGAUCAAGAACCUCGACACCGGGGAAGAGAUCCCGCUAAUCCAGGCGGAGGAGAAACUUCCUGCUGGGAUUAACCCCCUCACUUUGCACAUCAUGAGGAGGACCAAAGAGUAUAUCACGAAUGACGAAGCGCAGUCAGAUGAUGAUGACAAGUCACAGGCUCCGUUGGCAGACACAGAUGGGGGAAAACUGAAACAGAGAACAACUCAGUUAAAGAAAUUCCUGGGCAAGUCUGUGAAGAAGGCCAAGCAUCUUGCUGAGGAAUACGGAGAGAAGGCGGUCAACAAAGUGAAAAGUGUUCGCGAUGAAGUUUUCCACACGGAUCAAGACGACCCGUCCUCCAGCGACGAUGAGGGGAUGCCCUAUACCAGGCCUGCCAAGUUUAAGGCAGCACACAGCUUUAAGGGUCCUUUUGACUUUGAUCAAAUUAAGGUCGUACAGGAUUUGAGUGGCGAGCACAUGGGGGCCGUGUGGACAAUGAAAUUCUCACACUGUGGCAGGCUGCUGGCAACUGCCGGCCAAGAUAAUGUGGUUCGCAUCUGGGUCUUAAAGACCGCCUUUGACUAUUUCAACAACAUGCGAUUGAAAUACAACACGGAAGGUCGAGUGUCACCUUCGCCAUCUCAGGAAAGCCUGUGUUCCUCCAAAUCUGACACUGAUCCCGGGGCAAGUUGUGCUCCAGAGGAUCCAGAUACAGAAGACAGGAACGCCCCUUUUCGCCAGGUCCCCUUCUGCAAGUACAAAGGCCAUACAGCGGAUCUAUUGGAUCUGUCUUGGUCCAAGAACUUCUUCCUGCUUUCGUCAUCCAUGGACAAAACGGUCAGACUGUGGCACAUAUCCAGGAGAGAGUGUCUCUGCUGCUUUCAGCACAUUGAUUUUGUCACGGCAAUCACAUUCCAUCCCAGGGACGACAGGUACUUUUUAAGUGGCUCUCUGGAUGGAAAGCUGCGAUUGUGGAACAUUCCGGACAAAAAGGUGGCACUGUGGAAUGAGGUGGAUGGCCAAACGCGCCUCAUCACCGCUGCCAACUUUUGUCAAAAUGGGAAGUACGCCGUCAUCGGCACCUAUGAUGGAAGAUGCAUUUUCUAUGACACAGAGCGUCUGAAAUAUCAUACCCAAAUACACGUACGGUCCACCAGAGGCAGGAACAAAGUUGGGCGAAAAAUCACUGGUAUUGAACCAUUACCUGGAGAGAAUAAGAUUUUGGUGACCUCAAACGAUUCCCGCAUCCGCCUUUACGACCUGAGGGACUUGUCUUUAUCCAUGAAGUACAAGGGUUACGUCAACAGCAGCAGUCAGAUAAAGGCCAGUUUCAGCCACGACUACUCCUUCAUCGUCAGUGGCUCAGAGGAUAAAUACGUGUACAUCUGGAGCACUUACCACGACCUCAGCAAAUUCACAUCAGUACGUCGGGAUCGCAAUGACUUCUGGGAAGGGAUUAAAGCACACAACGCUGUCGUCACAUCAGCCAUUUUCGCACCUCACCCGGGUCUCAUCGUGCCACAAGAGACGGGUGCAGAGAAAACAGAUGCCGACUGCAAGAGCCUGGACUCCAAUGAAUCUGAAACGAUUCCCUCAGGUGCCCUGAAGACGGAUCACACCGAGGUUCUACUCUCUGCUGACUUCACUGGGGCCAUCAAGGUUUUCAUUAAUGUGAAGAAAUAUUAAGCUCCAUGAGACUUUUACUUGUAACUCGCACAGAUACGUAAAAUUGUUUUAACUCUGAGCGUGACGGCUGCAUCACUGCUUUACCUUUUCAUCUUAAAUACCAAGCAACUGUUGAGUAGUUUGGCAUUUCUAAAAGCUUCGACUUGCCGAUGUUACCGUUAUGUGGUUUCGGCAGCGAUGACGUGUUCAUUGACACCGAAUACGUGGUUAGCUUCUUGUGCCGUCACAUUUCUCGGAGGCGAUCUUCUAACUGUUGCAAGACACUCUCUAUGAACUGUAAGUCAUUCAUUUCAAUAUGUCUUGAAAUCAUGGUUAUUUGUAAAUGUGCCUAAACACUGUUUUUUUUUUAAGUGUUUCCUCUUCUCGACAUUUCCUCUGCUGCUUAUAGCAACAUUUUAGACACACGAACUCUGCACAUGUUUAUUAGUGAGGGUCAGGUAUCUUAAAAUGUACUUUUCAGAAACACUAAUGGCUCCACGUUUGAUACAUUUCACUAGAUUAGGACUGUAGAUUUACUUUGUAACAUUGCACACUUCUUGCUUUUGUAAGCUGUAUUGAUGUCCUCAAUAAAAAAAAAACGUUUUCUUU